UGUCCAGUAUAAAACUGGUAGAGUGACACCUUCCCAGAGCUCUUCAGUUAUGUAGUGGCCCCUGAGGAGACAGACCCUGAGUCCAGGCAUUACCCACAAUGCCUCAUUAAGAGCUUCCUUCCUCCAUCCAGUGGCCUCUAUCUUCCCUCCUGUACCCGAAGGAUUCCAAUUUAUAAGUAUAAAGCUCUUUGAAACUGUACAUGGUAUCGUCACAGGGGACCUUAGUGUUGCCAUAUACUUUAAUACCCCAUUGAACAAAUGGACAAACGGAGGCCAAGAGACGUGACAUGUCCAAGGAACCAAAGCCAGCCAGUUGCAGAACUGGGAUAUACAUUUAUAUCUCCUAACUUCGGGUUCAGUGCUCUUUCCACUGCACCUGGGUGCCUGUCAUCAAUUGGUUACAGGCUUCACAGGAACGGUAUUCACACAGAUGGCUUUAUGCACUAGAUCUUCUUUGGUAAGAUUUCAAGACGAAUUUCUAUUUCAGCUCUAAAAUAUUUACAUUGGGCAUCAGGGGGUCCAUGGACCCCUACAGCAGUAACAGGGAGCCUGACGGGUCAAAUACGCCUCACCCCUCUUCCCCAGAGUUGUGGCCUCGGUAGGUUCUAGUGAACCACUUGCUAGAAAAACAUGAACUUCAAUCCUCAGAGUCUGGAAUGGCCAUAUUGAGUGAUGAGAAGGUAGAAAGACGUUUAUUUUGUGAAUAUUUUGUUCUAGAUCCCAUGCUGGACAAAGCUGAUCAAAGCUGGGACUUUGGAGACAGUCAUAUAGGAUCCCAUUCCGGUUCCAUUAAUGAUUAGCUGUUGAAUUUUGGGCUUCUCUGCUUUAGCUUCCACAUUUGCAAAAUGGAUCUGCUGCUGCUGUUACCUACCUAUGGAGGUUGUUAUUAGGAUGAAAUAAAUUAAUAUGUAUAAAGCACUUAGGAUAAUGUCUGAUACCUGGUAAGUGCUGUAUAGUGAUUGCUGUUUCUAUGCAAAUUAAAAAAUAUGUUCACAUGAAAACACAUGUUUUGCCAGAACAAAAUGACACACAUUAAAUAUAUUAGAACAGCUACCUAUGAGAGAGAAUUGCUACCUAUAUAAGAGAAUUGCAAAUCAGACAAACAACAACCAAAGCAAGUGAUUGCAGAGCCCUUGCUUUUCAUCUCUACAGAUAUUGCUUCCUUGUUAUCCCGUUGUCAAGGUGAAUAAACUGAGGCUAAGAUAAAAUAUGUCAAGGCAUCAAGCAUUCAUGCAGGGGCAGGAGGAGCACUUGGAAGGUGGGCUCCUGUACCAGAUGGGAAUUUUAGGCCUUUCUUUUUCAUCUGCAAACUUCAGGAUCUGCAGGCUGCCCAUAAGUCAUACUGUUUGAAGAACCUGUUCAGAUUCUGAGCUUCUGCAGAGAGUAGAGUCAAGAGAUGUGUUUUCCAGCUGCAGGAGGCACUGUCUGUGAGAUCUAGAAUGCAGGACCAUGAACUUCAUCAAUAAGUUGUAUACAAAUAGGUAGCAAAAAUGAAAUUAUAAAAGAUUAGAAAAAAACACUUUAGUACUCCCAAAUAGAGGAGUAGCUAAAUAAAUUAUGUUCCACUAGAUCACAGAAUAUAGGCAGACCGCAAGAUGGAAUAAUAUUAAUUACUUAGAAAAAUAUUCACUAUAUAUCGUUAUUUAAAACAUAGAUCACAGUGGGGCAUGCAGAAUGUGUGUGUAUGCGUGUAUAUAUAUACAGACACACAUAUACACACACCCAUGCACAGAUAAGUGGCAGUCAGGAUGCAUAUAUCGUGAUAUUAACAGUGAUUAUUUUGAACAUGAGUUUUAGCAAGAGUUUUACUUUUGCUUUUAUCUAUAUUUUCCAACUUUUCUAAAUAAAACUGGGACUUUUAUAAAGGAAAAUAGUUUAUUAAAAAAUAUCAGGAGAGGCACCAGGAAUAAAGGCUGUUUUCCCCCACGUAUAUUGCUCUCGUCUUCUAUCAUCAGGUUGAAAAUCAUCUUUUCUCCUCCUACCAGGCUGAUGCAAUGGUACCCACCUUUGUGCAAAGGUAGUUGCUCUUGUACAAGGCUGUCCAAGUACAGAUCCGUUGCAUUCUGGCUAUUGGGUACAUACACAGUUACCACCUGGCAUAGAGCCUGGUACAGGGGUGUGUUUGAAAUGAAUGACCUAAAUGAAUGAGUAUGGGCUCAAUCACUUGGAUUUGAAUAUGAGCUCUCUGCCAUUUAUAAGCUAGAUGAGUCCCGCCUCCUGAUCUGUAGAGUGACAAUAACGAUUGUGGGUCAAAGGACCGCCAAUAGUUUUUGUAAAUGGCCCAAUGCCAGUCACAAAUGGGUGGGAGUGCAGAGAGUUUAUUAUUAUUGCUGCGUCUAUUAACAGGUCCACAGCGUCCCAUCCCUGAGGUCUCUUUGGCUCCCUAAGGCAUCAUGGUUACCACAGCAGCCAGAUGCUGAUGAUGCCUCCAGGGGCAGCUAGGUGAGGCUGAGCCAGCUCCCGGGUCUUCGCCUCUGCGAGCCCUUCACAGGCCAGAGUGAGAUGGCCUGAAGCUCGCCUCCUUUCAGGCCCCCCACCUGCCUCAGGUCACUUAGACCCACAAACCUUGCCUCCGCAGCCUCAGUUUGGGGCCUUCCAACACCCCUUUGGAGAGUCCCUCCUCCCCAAGCUCUGUCUCUUGGCGCCCUGCCUGGUUGCUGUGGAAACAGGUUCCACUGCGGACAAAGGAGGGAGCUGGGUCCUGCUUCCUCCCGGUCCUGUCGAUGAGGAUUUUUAGACCGUGGAAACUGCGCUGCCCUGCCCUACACCUGCCCUCGCUCUCCGUGUUCUCGCUCAGGUGGAGCCUGCCCUCCUUUGCCACUGACGAGACCAUGUGUAAAAGCGUGACUACAGGUGAAUGGAAGAAAGUCUUCUAUGAGAAGAUGGAGGAGGCCAAGCCGGCUGACAGCUGGGACCUCAUCAUAGAUCCCAACCUCAAGCACAACGUGCUGGCCCCUGGCUGGAAGCAGUACCUGGAAUUGCAUGCCUCGGGCAGGUUCCACUGCUCCUGGUGCUGGCACACCUGGCAGUCGCCACACGUGGUCAUCCUCUUCCACAUGUACCUGGACCGCGAGCAGCGGGCGGGCUCGGUGCGCAUGCGCGUCUUCAAACAGCUGUGCUACGAGUGCGGCACGGCGCGGCUGGACGAGUCGAGCAUGCUGGAGGAGAACAUCGAGAGCCUGGUGGACAACCUCAUCACCAGCCUGCGCGAGCAGUGCUACGGGGAGCCCGGUGGCCAGUACCGCAUCCACGUGGCCAGCCGCCAGGACACCCGGCGGCACCGCGGCGAGUUCUGCGAGGCCUGCCAGGAGGGCAUCGUGCACUGGAAGCCCAGCGAGAAGCUGCUGGAGGAAGAGGCCACCACCUACACCUUCUCGCGGGCGCCCAGCCCCACCAAGCCACAGGCGGAGGCGGGUUCUGGCUGCAACUUCUGCUCGAUACCCUGGUGCUUGUUUUGGGCCACGGUCCUGCUGCUGAUCAUCUACCUGCAGUUCUCCUUCCGCAGCUCUGUCUAAGAUUCCCUUAGUGGGCGCAGGGGAACUCUUCGCGGCCCAAGGCCCAUGGGGGCCAGCCAGCUGGGGGGAGGCGGCAAAGAGAGACCUGGGGUGGGAGUGGGUUAAAUUCUAGUGCUGGUGCCGCCAUGGACUCCAUGGGGACCCUGGGCAAAUCACACGUCCUUACCAUCCAUAAAAUCAAGGGUUUCUGAAGUGAAACCCAGGACCCCCAAGUUCUGCAUAGCUGUUGCUCAGGGACUUUUGGAUUUGGAAGGUAGGCCCGGUGAGUAGGGUUCCCAUCCUGGUCACACUGUCCAUUCCUGGCUCCUACUUCCUCAUCUCGCCUUGAUCAGAACAUCUUGGAGUGGCAUUUAAGAGUUGUGGAUGCAAAUAGGUUCAACUGCUUCAAAAGAAAAAAAAAAAAAGCUUGACCAUCACAGGGCUUGGUGAUCUCAAAAGGCCUUUCCACAGUGAUGAGCUCAUUCUUGUGCUCUCUUGUCAACCCUCGGUCCCUAUGGAGAAGCCUCCUCCUCAACUCUGCCUCCCUGCACACAGCAGAACUUUCUCUUGAAGAGAAGAGGUGGAAGCAUUAGGCUGUCCCUUUGCUGCUGGAUGCACAGGGUUCCUUGGUUCUGUUCCCCAGACCCCCAGCUUCCAGCAGCCUCUCUCCACUCAGGAUGGAUUCUGAGGCCUACCUGUCUCAGAGAUGGUGGUUGGGGUAGAGUUCCAUAGACGAGGCUUCCCACCCAUGGCUUAUGAACUGACAGAGAAUUUAGGGGAGGUUCGGAAGGUAGAGUGUUAGACGCAAGGCACAAAAUCCCUAGGAAACAAAUAUAUGAUGCUCUGUUAUAAUGAAGAGUAUGUAGAGUUCAGGGACCCAGCCUCACCGAUUCUUCAGCAGUUCUGAUGGUCAUGACACCUAGGGGUCUGGCCUCCAGGGCACCUUGCUGAUAUGCUAGUUGAGAGGCUUCCCUACUUCGGCCAUGCAUAGGCCCUCUCACCAACCAUUAGCUGUCCAUCUAGAACCACAGGGAUGGGGUGUCAUUAGCAAGAGAGGGAACAUUAAAGACAUGAAGUGCUUUACCCAUAGAGAAGUGCAUAGAUAUGUGAGAGAACCUUGUAUCACUUUAAACUGGGAUGUGUAUGGUUUGGGGUGGGAGGAGAGACUUUCUGAGGGUAUGGGUAUGGAUGGGGUGUGGGGGGAGGCAGAAGGCAGGGGAUGGGAUGCCACCCUGCACUUUCUAGGGUCCUCAUUCACCUCGCCUCUGUUAACAACUUGAUUCUUCCUGUGUCCCCUACCGAUCCCCUUUUUAAUGGAAAGUCACCACCGUCUGUAGUGGUGGAGGGAGUAGGGCCACUUAUAUAAAGAUGGGAUACUUUAAUAAAGACUGUAUAUCUUCAA